AUGACAGCCGGGUGCCAAGUGCGCAUGCGCAAGAAGCGGUGCUUUUUGUGAAUGGUAAGGCGGUACCUGGGACACAUGACAGAUCCCAGAAGCCGCCGGACCAAUCACAAAGCGCAAGUGCUUCUCGCUCAUGCGCACUGGGCACCCGGCUGUCAUGCCGAGCGCCAUUACAGAAGCCGGGAAGACAGCGCGCGGCUGGAUCGAGGAACAGGUAAGAUCAAACAAAAACUCUGUGGAAGUAAGAGCGGUUUAAAAUUUUGGCUCUGUGUGUCUAACUUGUUCGCCACCCCUGGCAUAGAUGUAUGCUUUUGCAUACACAUUUUCUAGCUAUUAACUGAAGAAAGUAGAAUAUAUUACUCUGUACUUUAUUUCUGCCUACAGCCCUGAAGGGUGACUG